CAAAAUGUCUUCCUUAGCCCUUGUCCUAAUCCUCUUGGUCCUCGCAUGCUUCAGCUUCCUCUUCCGAGCUUUCUCACGACAAGAAUCUUCUGAAAAGUUCGGGAAACUUCCACCGGGUCCACGUGGCAUUCCGAUCAUCGGACACCUCCACAUGUUGGGGAAACUCCCACACCAAACCCUAGCUCGGUUAUCCAAGAAAUACGGACCCAUCAUGUCCAUCAGGCUAGGAAGUGUCCAAACCAUCGUCGUCUCGUCUCCACGCGCCGCCGAGCUCUUCCUCAAGACCCACGACAACGUUUUCGCAAGCCGGGCUAAAGAUCAAGCCGCCGAGAUAAUGUCGUACGGGACAAAGGCCAUCAUAUUGCAACCGUACAGCCCGUACUGGCGAGACGUACGGAAGCUAUGCGUUGUUCAUCUUCUAAGCACGUCCAAGAUGGAACAGUUCAAACCCAUCAUACCAGAAGAGAUUGGUCUGAUGAUGAGUCAUCUCAAAAACGCUGCGGAGAAGAAAGAGGUAGUGAACGUCAGCGAAAUAUUGGCCGAGCUUUUUGAGAAUAUUGUGUAUAGGAUGAUUUUGGGAUAUAGUAAAAACAACGAUGGUGGCAUGAAGCUCAAAGAACAUGUGGAAGAGAUGAUGUCAUUGGCAGGAGCUUUCAAUAUUUCCGACUAUUUACCAUUUCUUGCUCCAUUUGAUCUUCAGGGUUUAGCUCGAAGGAUGAAAGAGCUAAGCAAGUCAAUGGACAUAAUACUCGAGAAGAUCAUUGAAGAACAUGAGCAUCAAAACGAAGAACACAAGUCCAAGGAUCACCACAAGGAUUUCGUGGAUGUGCUUUUGUCUUUGAUGAAUCAAUCCAUGAAUCCACUUGACAAAAAUUCAGACAUAAUCGGUCGGAUUCAUGUCAAAGCAAUACUAGUAGACUUGGUCGUAGCCGCAGUAGAGACCUCCGCAAUAGUAAUCGAGUGGACCUUCUCAGAGAUCUUGAAGAACUCUCGUGUCAUGAAGAAAUUACAAGAGGAGUUAGAAACUAUUAUUGGGAUGGAUAGGAAGGUCCAAGAAAGUGAUUUACCAGAGCUCGAAUAUUUGGACAUGGUUACAAAAGAAGGUUUUAGGUUACAUCCCGUUGGACCCUUUUUGGUUCCUCACGAAUCCAUGGAAGACGUUGUGGUCGAUGGAUUCUACAUACCGAGAAAAUCACGAGUCUUGGUUAACGUCUGGUCCAUAGGGAGAGAUCCUGAUGUGUGGCCAAAGAACACCGAAGAAUUCUAUCCGGAGAGAUUUGAGAACGACGAUAUUGAUAUUCGAGGCUUAGAUUUCAGGCUUAUUCCUUUUGGCUCGGGACGAAGAAGAUGCCCCGGUAUGCAGAUCGGGUUGCCGAUAGUGAAGCUUGUUUUAGCUUACCUGGUGCAUUGCUUUGACUGGAAGAUGCCCGAUGGAAUGCUUUUCGAAAAGAUUGACAUGGACGAGAAGUUCGGUUUGUCAGUUGGAAGAGCAAAUAAUGUGAUCGCCCGACCAAUCUAUCGCUUGGAUCGUUAGAAAUCCCACAAUGCUUGUGUCUCUGUGU